ACUCCCCCUAAAUCACGUCCAAUAUAUAAGUAAAGUUUGAAAUUUCUACUUUAGCAGUAGCCUUAUUUCAACUGUGGGGAAAGGAAUAAUUAAAGAAAAAAAGUGUAACAUGCUCAUCAAUUAAAAGUAGGCAAUGAUGAAUAUGAAUUAUGUUGAACAUGCUGCCAUUAGCCCACCACACAAGGUAUAGAAGAAUCCUUUUCACCACCCACACACACACACUCUCUCUCUAUUUAUAUGAGAUAUUUGUAGCAUAGUUUAAACCUCAAUCUCCUCAGCAAUCACAAGAUCAAAAGAAGAAGAAAAAGAUGAUCCAAAACCUACAUUAUCUCCUAACCCUAGUGUUGUAUGCCUCAUAUUUUGUUGCAAUUUCAAGCAGCCAAAAGCAAGCAAAUUAUUAUUACAAUCAAGAAAAGAACUAUGAAGGAUCAUCAGACCUCAUAGACCUUAAAUACCACAUGGGACCAGUCCUUGCAUCCCCAAUCAACCUCUACAUAAUCUGGUAUGGGAGAUGGGAUCCCAAACAUGAAUCCACCAUCACAGAUUUCAUCUUGAGCAUUUCAUCUGAGGCCCCAUAUCCCUCCGUCGCUGACUGGUGGCGCACGGUCAGCCUCUACGCCGAUCAAACGGGCUCAAACGUAACGAGGAAGGUGGCCCUCUCCGGCCACUUUCACGACGCCGCCUACUCCCACGGCAGAUACCUAACACGACUAUCCAUGCAGUCCAUCAUCAAGACCAACGCAUUGCCUCUCAACUACCGCAACGGCUUGUACCUGGUGCUGACGUCACACGACGUGCAGGUUCAGGACUUCUGUAGGGCCGUUUGUGGGUUCCACUACUUCACAUUCCCAUCCGUGGCCGGCGUCACCGUGCCCUACGCCUGGAUAGGCCACAGCGGGGCCCAGUGCCCCGGGAUGUGUGCAUAUCCAUUCGCGUGGCCUGGGGGGCCUGGGCCCCUCCCAAGAGGGAGUGGGAUCAUGGGCCCGCCCAACGGCGAUCCCGGGACAGAUGGGAUGAUCAGUGUGAUCGCGCACGAGCUUGCGGAGGUGUCGAGCAAUCCACUGAUCAACGCGUGGUACGCCGGGGACGACCCCGUGGCGCCCACCGAGAUAGCCGACUUGUGUUUGGGUGUGUAUGGGAGUGGUGGUGGCGGAGGCUAUGUGGGAGUUGUGAGUAAGGAUUCUUGGGGGAAUGGGUACAAUUUGAAUGGGGUGAAGGGGAGGAAGUACCUUGUGCAGUGGGUGUGGAACCCUGUGAGGAGGAGGUGUUUUGGACCUAAUGCAUUGGAUUAGAGGAUGUUGCUUUUCUUGGUGUUUAUGUUCAUUCAUAACUACCUGUUAUAGACUAGUAGGUUUAUAUGAUCUAUUUCAAUUUCAAUAAUAUUGACCCAUCCUUUUUUUUAUUAAAUUAAA